AUGGAAGAAUAUAAUGAUGAAAAUGAUCCUAUUGAAUUAGAAAUGCCAGUAUAUUUAUGUGAUAAUAAUGAACAAGAAUUAUUUCUUAUGCAAUAUCCAACAAGAUUAGCAUGGAGACCAUUUGAUUUAUCACAAGUAAAAGAAGUAAGAUAUAAACCAAUACAAAAAGGAAUUGAAAUGGAUGUGAAAUUAGAAACAGAUUUUAUUGAUGAAGAAAGUAUUUAUAAAAUUACAUCUCAAACAUAUAAAGGAACAGUUACAGAAAAUAAAGCUAAUUAUGCUGUUGGAUUUGUUAAAGAAGUUAAAAAACAACCAACAUUAGUAUUAUUUCCAGUUUCUACUAUUGCACAAAUGAGACCUCAACUUCAAUAUAUUGAUGAAGAUAUAAUUGAUGAAAAACCAGAAAAAGCAGAAGGAAUGACUGCAGAUGGAAAAAAGAAAAAAAUUGCAGUUUCUGCAGCACCAACAAAAAAACAAAAAGAUUUAGAACAAUUAAAAAAAGAUGAAGCAGAAGAAGCUAUUAAAAUGAAAUUAAAUGAUACUACUGAAAAUGAAACUAUUGAAGUUGUAGAAAAAAUGAUUAAAACAUCAAAAGGGAAAAUUGAAUGGGAAAAUGAUGUUAAAGAAUAUAUUAAUAAACUUGCACCAUUAAUUGAACAACCUACACCUUUAUUACAAAAUCGAGAUAGAAUUAUUGAUACAUUACGUAUUGGUAAAAUUAUGAAAUUAUCAAGAAUUACAGAAAUAUUAAAAAGUUCAGAAUCAACAUUAACAGGAUGGUUAGCUGAAUUAUGUUAUCUUGUUAAUGGAGCAUUAGUUUUAAAAGGAGAAUUUAUUCAAGAAAUUGGAGAAAGAGAAAAUUGUAUUAGAGAAAUUAUAUUAUCUACACUUUCAUUAAAGAAAAAAGUUAAAAUGGAAGAUAUAGAAGAAUUAUGGCCAAAUUAUACACAAAGAAUUAAAAUGGUAAGAAAAGUUUUUGAUAAUUAUUGUACAAUAAUUAAACCAGAAUAUGGAGAAUAUUAUUGGGUUGCUAAAGUUGAAGAUGAAGAAACAGAAAAUGAAUGGACAACAUUAGCACAAUCAAGUAAACAACAUUGGAAAACAGUUAAAGAAGGUGUUAUUAAAAGAAUGAAAGAACUUGAUAUUGAAGGAGAUGAAUUUUCAUUUGGAAAAAUAAUAAUUGAUAAAAAGAAAGUAAUUGGAUCAUUAAAUCAAGAAAAUCAAGAACCAUUAUCUCAAUUAUUAAAAGAAUUAUUAAUGAAAGAAGGUGCUAUGAAAAUUUCAUCAAUUAUUGAUGGAGUAAAAAAAGAAACUAAACGUAAAACAAGUAAAUUAUAUAAACAAAUUAUUACACAAGAAAUUAUUGAAGCAACAUUAGAACCUAUUUCAUAUCAUAUUGGAUCUGUUUAUGUUGGAAAGAAAUGUCCUAAAGAUAAAAAUGAAAAUGUUAGAAAUGCUAUUCUUCAAUUUGUUAUUGAAAAACAAAAAUUUACACAACAAGAAUUAAGAACUCAUUUACAAUCAAUAAAAUUUAAUGAUUCUAAUGAAAUUAUUUCAUUAACUGAAAUAAAACGUCAUGUUAGUGAAUUUAUGGAAAUGCAUGGAAAUAUUUGGACAAUGAAAAAUGGAGAUAUUAUUUUUAAUUAA